GUUAAACAAAAAGAAGUAACGAAAAAGAAUAUUAGUGACAUGCAAAAACAAGUAAUAGCAAAAAUUUUGAUUGAUUAGUUUUCCGAUUAUAAAAUUUGCUCAAUCUAAGUGUAAAUAUCUGUACCACUAAGUGUUCCAUUUCCGAUCCAUAUUAGAUCUUUGCAUACGUUCAACAGUAUAACAAUGAGCUCCAAAAAAUUUCCUCCAGCUUCGUCAAGCAAUCGCUUGGUCGAUGAUUGCCUACCUUCAACUUCUGGUGGCAGUAACUCUAAACAAUCGAAUACUCCAACAUCGCCAACGAAAGAUCGCGUCAUUUGUAGCACCAGCAACAAGCUUCCAUCGUCAAUCGAAUCCUCUUCAUCUAAGUGGAUAAGUCUGAAUGUUGGAGGAAAAAUUUUCACUACAACACUGAGCACACUAUUGAAUAAGGAGCCCCGCAGUAUGCUGGCUCGAAUGUUUGCCCAAGAAGAUGCAAUGUGUCCCAGUGACAAAGAUAAUCAAGGUGCAUUUUUGAUUGAUCGCAGUUCACAAUAUUUUGAGCCAAUACUGAACUAUCUCAGACACGGGCAACUCAUCUACGAUGGUCACUUGAACUUAGAGGGAAUUUUAGAAGAAGCGAAAUUUUUCGGUAUCGAAGGUCUCAUUCCACAGUUAGAAAGUAUGGUUCAGCAGCAACAGGCUGCCAACAUGGAGGAUUUACCACUGACACGUAGGGACGUAAUAAGCGCUUUGAUUAAAACUUCUCAGAUGACUGAAUUGCGCUUCCAGGGAGUUAAUCUGGCUGGCGCAGAUCUACGAAAGCUGGACUUGCGUCAUAUUAAUUUUAAGUAUGCUUGUCUGCAACGGUGCAACUUAUCGCUGGCCAACUUGAAUUACUGCUGUCUAGAGCGAGCAGAUCUCAGUUUUGCCAAUUUGGAAGGUGCCCAGUUGCUGUCGGUAAAGGGCCUAUGCGCUAACAUGGAAGGUGCUAAUUUGCAAGGCUGUAAUUUCGAGGAUCCGUCCGGAGUGCGAAGUAAUCUAGAAGGAGUUAAUUUGAAGGGCGCCUGUCUGGAAAACAGUAACAUGGCUGGUGUAAACUUACGAGUAGCAAAUUUACGAAAUGCAAAUUUGAAAAAUUGUAACCUCAGGGCGGCUGUGCUUGCCGGGGCGGAUUUGGAGCGCUGUAAUUUAUCAGGCAGUGAUCUACAAGAAGCAAAUCUACGUGGUGCCAAUUUCAAAGACGCUCAGCUAGAACUUAUACUUACUGCUUUGCACAUGUCUCAGGCUAUUCGUUAGUUUGCUUAGAUGAUGGGGUAAUUUUUAACUAAUAAUUGUAAUAAAUUUCACAGAAAAAAAUGAUCUAAUGGAUCGCAGAAAUGUAAAAGAAAUAAUUAUCGACAGGCCCGUGCGCAGGAAUCAUCCAUGGGGGGGGUUUCAAGGGGAGAGGGGGGUGUCCAAAAAUGUAAAACGAAUUCUGACAGGAUCGUGCGCGGGGGGGGGAGGGGUUUCAAAUUAUGUCAGUUUAUAAAUUGAUAAAAAAUUGAUAAAAAAAAUAUGAAUUGUCAAGUUAUUUGCACUUUAUUAUAAUAAGUACUCCAUUGUUCAUGAAACUUAAUUUUAAAAAAAUUCUUCAUGGGGGGGGGUUAAAACCCCCAAAACCCCCCCCUGCGCACGGGCCUGAUUAUCGAACAAAAUGUGCUAAGUGUUUAUUUCGGUUAGUAGGUUUUUUUCGCAUCCUGCGAAGCAGCAAAACUGAAACAUAACGAUUAAUAAUUAAGAUUGCAUAAAAGUCUUUGCAGAGUAAAAACCAGGUUCAUGUUCCCAACAGAAUACAUGAUGUAGAAUAAAAUAAAAUUUUAUUAUUCAAUAAUAUAUUAAAAUUUUGUUCCAAUAAGAAUUAAAA